CUGGCUGUCAUUCUCUCCUUGGCUCGCAGGACCUCGGUGCGGCUGACCCCGCAGCGCCACCGCAGCCCCACCAUGCCUCUUUGCAGGGUCGCUUGGCAGACUUUCGCCGCCCGCCUCGCCAGGGCCGCGCCCCUGCUUCGUGGCCAGGUACCUUUCCGCCAGAUGUCAUCUGGAAGCGUUCCUGGAUCUUCUGGGGAAAAUGUGAUUUACUAUCUCUGUGUUGUUGGUGCUACUACUGCAGGUGGUUUUUAUGUUUACAAAACUAUCAAUUCAGAUAAAACCAGGUACAAUGAACGUAUUGAAGAUAUUCAAAAAAGAUCUACAGCAGAAUGGAAACCAAAGCCCUGGCCCCCUGAGUCCUUAGAAAGUGAUGAAACAGAAACAAAAGAAGUUACUGAUGCAAAUGAAGAGGCUAAAGAUGCAGCUACAGAAGAGACUGAAGCAGUAAUUGCUGGUGAUGCUCAAGACCUGAGGGAAGAGCUUGCAGAAUCUGCAGAAUCAGAGAAGGGAGAAGAAUCACCAGUUGAGGAUGCAAACUCUGGUGUGCCAGGAGGAGAGCAGGGCGCUGCUGCCAACUCAGCAGCAACCCAAGGUCAAGGAACUCCAGACAAUGUCCUGAAUAAUGAAGUUUUAUCUUCUCAAGAAGAAAUACCAGAAGGAACUCCUGCGCUACAAACACAGGAAAGGCCAGACACAUCACCAAUGGGCAAAGAAGCUACUGCUGCUCAAACACUACAGGCUUUAGAAGUGUCUGAAUCUAAUGGCAAUGCCUGAAAGCCAAGCCUUGAAGGUAACACCUGAGAAGCUGGAUUUGCAUGUUAUGUUUUCAUUUUACGACUCUGCACAAAAUUAUGUAAAACUAAUCUCAUAUAUAACAGGAUUUAUACAUAUUUUGUAAAUUGCUGACUAAACCCAUGCUACAGAAUCAUACAUGCUGUUUGCAAUCCUGUGCACAGUUAUGUGAGCAUAAGACCCAAUGAACUGAAUUGGACUUGCUUUCAAGUAAAUAUGCAUAGGAGCAGCAUUUGGGCCACGGGAUCAAUAUGAAUUGUUUGUGAAUGCAAUUCAAAUUGUGAAUGCAGGGGUUUUUUUGCAUAAUAAUUUCAGUGCUUAGAAUGGAAUAGGCCAAAUAUCUAAAUACAUGAAUAAAAUUAAUAUGUAGUAUAUUUAGUGCAUGUGACAUGCUUAUAAUUGUGUUUGGGAGCAGAAACAUAAUACAAAAUAGCUUGAAGUCCAACAAGUACUUACAGCACAUGUUUGAACAAACAAUUCAAAAAGAACUAAAUCUGCUAAAGCUAAAAGUUUGAGAUUUCAAAGAGAGUUUCAGCUGGAAAAAUUAAACAUCAGGAUGGGGAGGGGAGUUUGCAUUCACACAGAUUACUAUUUAUGAAAUAAAGUAAAAAACGUUACGCUAAAAACUGGCUUUCAAAUGUUUUAAAGAUCAUUCUUAACCCACUUGCUAAACUGAAGUGAUAUUACUAAUCGGGAGGGGGGGGGCAGUUAUACAGCCUAAGCUGUAUAACUGCACUGCAUGGUGCAGGGAGGUUGGAGAGGAGGUUGAAAUGCAGAUUAUCUCUUGUAGCUAAAGGCCACACAGCCAGUGAGGCAAAGGCUGGCUGGGAUGGGGGGAACAGGAUCUAGGGCCUGAUGAAAUGUAUGGAGUGCAGAGGCAGUCCUAAAUCUCAAAUAUUAGUACAGAACAGCCAGAUCUUCAGAUGUAAAUUUCUAGUUAUAUUAAAUUAUUUUAAACCUCCCCCCCACACCAUCCACAGCACAAAUGUUUUUGAAGCAUGAGCAUUCCAGAGGAAUGUUUUAAGAUGAUCAGCCGCAGAAAUGAUGAACUGAAACGUAUUUCCUGCAUGGAUACCCAAAUAUAUUUUCCAAGAUACAGGUACUAUGUAUGCUGUCCAUGAGAAAUAGAUUUUAAUAACGCUAUCUAGAACACUGAAACGCAAUAUAGCUAUACCUUCCUUAGGAAGAGCUCUCUUACAUGUUAUAAAAGGAAAAACAGAUUAUCUAUUGUAGUUGAAUUCAAAGUAAAAUGUAAUAAUAAAGUGAAAUUUUAUUCUCA